ACUCUGUAGUACAAUUGAUCUCCUACUUGUUCACUGAGUGUGUCCCCGACCAUUCUGGUAAAGUGAGUUGUGGAAGAAUCUGGUCAAGUUUCUUCCAAACAACUGAGAAAGAAAAAAGAGAGAGAGAAUGUCAGAACAAGCAGUUCACCUUCGAUGCCAGAGAAUCGGCUGCAAUGCUACCUUUACGCUCGAUCAUAAUCCAGAAGGUUCUUGCGUUUUCCACGAUUCGGGACCUAUAUUUCAUGAUGGAAUGAAAGAGUGGAGCUGUUGCAAGAAAAAAAGUCAUGACUUCAGCUUGUUUAUGGAUAUUCCAGGAUGCAAAACGGGUAAACACACAACUGAGAAACCUGUGCUCACUAAGGCUGCCCCAAGAUCUAGGAACCCGACACCUGUUCCUAGUCCCAUCUCAGCUUCUACAACAGCUACUUCAGCAAAAGAAACUUGCUCUAGAUGCAGGCAGGGAUUUUUCUGCUCAGACCAUGGUUCACAGCCAAAUCCUAAACCUGUGGUACCACAGGCGGUCGCUGCUGCAGAAGUGAUUGUAAAUGCUUCUGCUCCUCCCCGGAAGACAAUCAGCAUAACUGAGCCUCAAAUUUGUAAGAAUAAGGGUUGUGGUCAAACUUUUAAAGAGAUAGAUAAUCAUGAUACUGCAUGCAACUAUCAUCCAGGGCCUGCCGUUUUCCAUGACCGGAUGAGAGGAUGGAAAUGCUGUGAUGUUCAUGUGAAGGAAUUUGACGAGUUCAUGAGCAUUCCACCUUGCACUCAGGGAUGGCACAAUGCUGAUCCUUCAUCCUAGGAAAAUGUGUUUUUGCUCUUUCCCAUGAAGAUUCAUGACGAGUUGAUCAAAUUCAAACCUGACCUACUUUUGGUGACUAACUGUGCUUGUAAUCUGUGAUUGGAAUUUAUGUUUAGCUUCUGCCUUUUAUUCCAAAGCUAUUCUUACCUUGAUGAGAUAGCAUUUUCGAACUUUUAAGAGGUUUUGCCGUUAAGGGUAGUUUAGGGAGAGAUUUUGCCGUAAUGUAGCAUUUCCUACGUGAUGCUUACUAGCUAAACCAACUACAGUAAACAGUUAGAAAAAAACAAUUUUUAA